UGUUGCAGGUGGAGCUUGAUGGUUGAGUGCGGUUGUGGGAGAAAUCCAAUGGCAUCCCUUUUUACGACAUUAGGACAAAGCUGUCUUUGACACUGCAUGGAGCAAUGGAACAAUGCAGAGGAGCAAGAACAGCGAUCUUGAUGGCGAUGGUGGAGGAAUGGAUGCCUGCGGCAGGGAAAUGGCGGGAGGUCCUGUUAGGGGCGCACCCAUCAGCUGAGUUGGCGUGGACGUGCGCAUGGUCUGGACUGGUGCAGUUACCUCAGGAUGUGCUGGGUCUGCUGCUGAUGUCGCAAUGGCCAGGCAUGGCUGAGGAGCUGCUGGAGGAGCUGAUGGAGGAGCUGCUGCAGGAGCUGAUGGAGGAGCUGCUGCAGGAGCUGAUGGAGGAGCUGCUGCAGGAGCUGAUGGAGGAGCUGCUGCAGAAACUGAUGGAGGAGCUGCUGCAGGAGCUGAUGGAGGAGCUGCUGCAGGAGCUGAUGGAGGAGCUGCUGCAGGAGCUGAUGGAGGAGCUGCUGCAGGAGCUGAUGGAGGAGCUGCUGCAGAAACUGAUGGAGGAGCUGCUGCAGGAGCUGAUGGAGGAGCUGCUGCAGGAGCUGAUGCAGGAGCCUUAAAUGAGGUGAGAGCUUCCACCAGCAGAGCGUCAUCCACCCAGCCGCCAUCACCUUUGGACCCUGAUGAACUGGAGCUGGCAGCUGCUGCGGGAGGGUCCCUGUCCUGUGGAGGUUUCUGUGAUGUACGGGUGGGUAAAGUUUGUAUUAAAUGUUGUGGUUUGAUUUUUAUUAAAGGCACCGUAAAAAAAAAAGCCUACCUCUUUGUCAAGAAUGUACUGCCUGAAGCGCUUCAGUGACUUGGUGGUGAUGUCCUCCGCCUUCAUCACCAGCCACUGCUGCACAGAGCAGUGCGCCUCCUGUGCCAUUUUCCUCUCGUGGUC